AUGCCGGUUGUCCCCAAGAAGCGGAUCACCCAGUACUUCGCAAGACGGAGGCGGACCAUGUUCUACUUGGACCAUUAUCGAUUCCAGUACAAGUUUCGCCGUGAGCAUCUCGACCGGCGCAAGUACCAGGAGCCCAUCUACGUUGAGAACUACACGACGCCGGAGUUUCGUUAUGCAGGAUUUUGGCCGGGAAAGUUCGGCUAUCCUCAAACCCGGGUGAACGUGGAGGCUGCCCCACUUCUGGCUCCAGGCACAGACCUUCAUUCAGGAUGUCCCGUGACCGCCGACCGCUGUUUCACCGUCCGUAAGACCCUCGGAGAAUUCCUUGCGGCUGGGACAAGCGAUCUUCCGGCUUGGUUGAGGCAGGCUUCCCCAUGCAGCGACAUGUCGAUGGACUUGCAAGCCAACCCAGUCAAUGAGAUCCUUUACGUGAGCUUUAACCAGGAUUUCACCUGCUUCGUCUGCGGGACCGAGAGCGGAUUCCGUGUCUACAGCGCGGACCCUUUCCACCUCACUUUCAGAAGAGAUUUCGAGGAUGGCAGCGGCUUGGGAGUCGUUUGUAUGCUGUUUCGGACGAACAUCUUGGCCUUCUCGGGGGGCGGAAAGAACCCGCGGUUUCAACCCAACAAGGUCGUCCUGUGGGAUGAUCGGCACACCCGGGUCAUGGCUGAGCUCAGCUUCAAAACGACGGUGAAGUCGGUGAGGCUGCGACGCGACCUGGUUGUUGUCGCCACUCUGAAUAAGGUGUGGGUAUAUGGCUUAAAGACUUUGAGCCUCAUGGACUCGAUCGAGACCACAGAGAACCCAAAGGGUUUGUGCUAUCUUUCGUCUGGAGAUCGCAUCGUUCUGGUCUGUCCUGGCAGACAGCAGGGCAGCGCUCUGGUGGUGUUUUACCCCGAGAACUACGGAGACCCGUCUGCACCGGGGGAGAGGGAGCGAACCAUCAUCAAGACUGCUCACGACUCGCCCAUUGCCGCCAUAGCGUUGGAUGCAAGCUGCUCCCUCAUUGCGACGGCAUCAGAGAAGGGAACGAUUGUUCGGGUGCAUGAGUUGCAGCGCGACGGUUUGGCGCAGGAACUGCGAAGAGGCUUGGACAGAGCAGAGAUCCACUCGCUCACCUUCUCUCCGUCAGGCGAGUAUUUGGCCGCCUCCUCGGACAAGGGAACGGUGCACAUCUUCGCCAUUCAGCGGCCAGGAGGCGGCACUUCUGCGGCCUUUGGCUACAGCGCAGAGGCUGGAACCUCCAAUGCGAAGUCCAGCCUGCAGAGACUGUCGCGGGUUUUGCCUGCCUAUUUCUCCUCGGAGUGGAGUCUGGCGCAGUUUCGCGUCCACGACUACCGCUACAUUGCAGCAUUCGGUGUUGAUCCGCACACAGUCAUCAUCGUAUGCGCGAACGGCUCCUACUACAAGGCUCGCUUUGACCCGGUGAAGGGGGGCGAGAUGGUGCGCGAGGAGUACCACCAGUUUGACGACGCCUCUGCCGGCAGCGGCGGCGCUGCCGCUAAGGCCCGGGAGCCGGCGGAGGAACCGGAGGCGGAGCCGAGCCAG